AACCCAAAUCCUCUUAGUCGCCAAAGAGUUCACAGGUUCAGCAAAACGAAUUCAGGUUUCCAUCAGAAUCGAGAUUUCGAGAGAGAAAGAAAAGCCACGGAGCACAAAGAGAUUAUCAAAUAUCACAAACAGUCAAUCAUCAUCAUCAUCAUCAUCAUCAUGUGGCUCUUCUAUCUGAUCUCGUUUCCGUUAACCCUAGGCAUGGUUGUGCUUACGCUCAAGUACUUUGCUGGUCCUGAUGUUCCUCGCUAUGUCUUCUUCACCGUCGGCUACACUUGGUUCUGCUCUAUCUCCGUCAUCAUACUCGUACCUGCCGACAUUUCUUCCACAAUAAUUGGUCAUGACAAUGGAGGUAUCUCUUUCUUUUGGAGCUGGUCAUAUUGGAGUACUUUCUUGCUUACUUGGCUAGUUGUGCCCUUGAUUCAGGGGUAUGAGGAUGCUGGAGAUUUUACUAUGAGAGAGAGACUGAAGACAAGCAUCCAUGUGAACUUAGUCUUCUAUCUUAUCUUGGGUUUGAUUGGGCUUGUUGGACUUAUUUUGCUCAUAAUGAUGCGAAACGACUGGAGUGGAGGUGUACUGGGUCUGGCCAUGGCAUGUUCAAAUACUUUUGGUCUUGUUACUGGUGCAUUUCUACUUGGUUUUGGGUUGAGUGAGAUUCCAAAGACUAUUUGGAGAAAUGCUGACUGGACCACUCGCCAAAAGGUUCUUUCUCAUAAAAUUGCCAAAAUGGCUGUGAAGCUUGAUGUGGCUCAUCAAGAGUUAUCAAAAGUGAUAGCUGUGGCUCAGGAAACAUCAAAACAAAUGUCCAAGCGUGAUCCAUUUAGGCCCUACAUGAAUAUUAUCGAUGAUAUGAUAUAUCAAAUGUUACAUGAAGAUCCAUCCUUCAAACUAGAAGGAGGGCGUUUGGGGGAUAAUGAUAUGGAUUAUGAUACAGAUGAAAAGACUAUGGCAACAUUGAGGCGCCAUUUAAGAGAAGCUCGUGAGGAAUAUUAUCGAUAUAAAAGUCAGUAUUUGACAUAUGUUAUCGAAGCCCUGAAAUUAGAAGACACCAUAAAGAAUUAUGAACAACGUGAUGAGACCAGGUGGAAAUACGUUUCAAGCUUCAGACCUGGGCGGAGUGGCACAUUAGGAGGCUAUCUUGAUACAAUGGAAUUAAUAUGGAGAUGCAUUGUGUGGAGGCAACUGGAGAAAGUGUUUGCUGUGAUUCUUGGGUGCAUGUCAGCAGCAAUUCUUUUGGCUGAGGCAACUCUCUUGCCUAGUGGUCUUCAUCUAUCUGUUUUUUCCCUUUUGAUCAACUCCUGCGGAACACAAGAUAUGCUUGUACAGGUUGUUGCAUUUGUUCCGCUUUUCUACAUGUGCAUUUGUACAUACUACUCACUAUUCAAAAUUGGCAUGCUGACAUUUUAUUCAUUUACACCAAGACACACAAGCUCUGUUAGCUUGCUUAUGAUAUGCUCGAUGGUUGCACGCUAUGCCCCUCCAAUUUCCUUCAACUUUCUCAAUCUCAUUCGUCUUGAUGGGAAGAAGACCAUCUUUGAGGAGAGGAUGGGAAAUAUCGACAAUGCCGUGCCUUUCUUUGGGAAAGGAUUCAACAAAUUAUAUCCACUUAUUAUGGUUGUAUAUACCAUCCUGGUUGCAAGUGGUUUCUUUCACAACAUAAUAAAUUUUGUUGGAAAAUGGAAGAGGAUCGCAUUACAAAAUGAAGAAGACGAUCUUGAUGGUGUUGAUCCAUCAGGAUUAAUUAUUCUGCAAAAAGAGCGAGCUUGGUUGGAACAAGGACACAGAAUUGGUGAAGAGGCUGUUCCAUUUGCAAGAGAUUUCAGUGAUACAAGCGUGGAGAUAGAAUCGGGAAACAGUAGCAUGGGUAGAUAUGAGGUUAAAUCGAAGCUGCUAUCAAACAAGAAUGAAUCCGAGAGUUCAUCUAGACAUCAACGGAGCCGAGAAGCCAUUACUAGCAAGUAUGCUGCCAUCAGGGAACAAACCAGACAAACUUCCAAUCAUAAUAACAUUAACAACAACAUAUCAUCAACCAAAGUCUCCUUGCUUGAUGCCAACACCAUUACAGGAUCACCUUCAUCUUCCAAACUAUCAUCAACAUGGUCGUCAAUCAAAUCAGGCCUUCAUGAUUGGAAACUAAACAUAAAUUCUAAACAAUACAUUCCCUUGCUUCAAGUUGAUGAUUCCAAGUCUUCUUCUGAUUCCCUCGAUGAAAUCUUCCAUAAACUUAAACGACCCGUUGUUGAAGACGGAGAUGCAUGUGAUUAGCUUCAUAAAACAUACUUCUAAUCGAUUAAAAAAACUUCAUUAGAUGUACAUGUUUUACAAGUGUGUUGUAUCCAAAGGUUAUAUUUCACAGAUGUGGGUUCUUGCGCCAAAAACCUGCGUCUCCAAUUUGCUGGAAUGAGACUUGGUUUGAUCUUGAUGUCAA